CUGAGGCCACAUCAUUUAUUGUCCAGGUUCCCAAGCCCCUGCCCAGCCUUCUAUCCCUGUAGGAUUCUUAAUAGCUCUAGCCAACACCUCUGGGUUUCUGCCUUGCCCAGGGCUUCCUCUCAGUCUCCAUGGAGGGGACAUCAGGGCUGCACAAACAGCAUGUUCCUUUGCUCAGCAGUUACUCUCACUUUGGUCCAAACUUGAGAUCAUAAGAUCCUGGCGACUCUUACCCAAAGAAGAGAAAAUUACCAUUUCUUUCUUUCUUUUUUUUUUUAAAGACAAAUUGUUCCGUCUUCCAGCCUUGUUUGAGAGAAUGGUUUAUUUUUGCAUUUUGAGUGGUUAUGUGGAGUCCAUGAAUGCUGAUGAUGUCGACAAUCCCUUCGGAGACCUGACAUCUCUAGCCAAGCCUCGGAGCUCUAAACCCCUGUAUACGGACACGAGUCGCUCUGGCAAUAUCCCAGGAUAUAGUGGCAAGGUUCAUUUCACAGCUACCCACCCAGCAAAUUCUAAUAUUCCACCAACAACCCCAUCACCAGAUUCAGAAGUGCAUCGCAUCUUACGGAAAGACAUGGAAGUGGGUUUCUUCCAUCACCAGGCACCUCUGUCUCGAAUGGUCACAACUGUGAAACCCUACAACCCCUUCAAUAGGAAGGAAAAAGAAACUGUAGACUACUGAAAGAGGCCGGCCUAUUGAGUGAGACUGCUAAGACUUCAGAGUUGGUGACAUUGCACACAGCAUGGUAGGAAAUAAAAGUGCCUGUCCUGUCCCCAGUGUGUCUGUAAUGCUAAUAGAGCUUGCGUGUGCUCUUCCUGCCUAAGGCAGAGUUCUCGAACCACCCUCGGCCAGUCUCCUAACCUGUCCGGUGGCUCUCUGCCUUGCCCUGGAAUGCCACCAUUUUGUGAUGGCAGUUGAGUCUUUCCGAAGCAACCAGCCAUAGAGGUUUUAUUUUAGAUGAUUUCUCUGUGGGGUUACAACACCAAGUCUACAUAGGGAUUUCGUGUCCUGACCAAGUUAACACAGGAAGGAUAACUGCUGAGCACAGAUCAUGCAAAGGUGGAACCAAAGGGCACCACAGAGAUUAUCUAGUCAAAACCCAUAUUUUCCCAAUGAGAAAACUGAGUGGCUGAGAAAGAAAGUGACAGGCUCUCAGUGAGAGCUGCAUUCUGCUUCUCACAGAGGGGACAUCAUCACACGGGGGAUGACAUUGCAUGGGGGAUGACAUUGAGGUUGCAGAUGGGACAAAAUGCUCCUUUGUCGCAAUUGGUAUUUCUUUCAGAGACAGAAGUAUCCCCCAGGUUCCAUAACGGUGAUCAGGCAGGAACUACCACCUCUGGCCAAAUUAGAGGGUGUCAUUACUCAGCCAUGAACCAACAGAACACCAGCUCACGGAGUCACUCAGUGUGGAUGUGGGCUAGGGGAGAUCCUGCUGCCAUAAAGAACUAGAGCUCCAAGCAAAUGAUUACAAUAUUUUGAGAGUAAUUUGGCCCUGCUCAUCUCACAGAAGUCUCUGGGUAAUGUAAACAGUUAACACACUUACCUGCUAACCAAAAGUUUGGAGGUUCAAGUCCACCUAGAGUCACCUCAGAAGGAAGUUCUGGUGACCUACUUCUGAAAAAUCAGCUAUAGAAAAUCCUAUGGAGUGCAGUUCUACUCUGACACACAUGGGGUUGGAAUUAGUUGGAGCCAACUCAAAGCAACUAACUGGUGGUAUUAUUUCAUAGGAAGGGAAAAGCAGCUGUUUUGGUAUGAAAUCCUGUAUUACCUCAGUUGACAAUGACCUAGACUUUGAAACUGAAUCUUGAGAAUGUCUCUGUGUGCUGCUCCCUGGGCCUACUCUGGGCCAUGACAAACAGGAAGACAAGCAGCCGUCCUCCUGAGUACCUGCCUGGCCCUAGAGAUAAGUCUGAUCUUGUCUACUUGUAUUCAGAAAGAGCAAGUCUAUAAAAAUCCAACCAAAAUAAAAAUCUUUGUCUCUGGAAGACUUUCACCAAAACACAAAUGGAAAAUGCUGACCCCAUCCUAGAAGUAGAUUCAUUUAGUUCCCUGAGAUCACAUCCUUUGGUGAACAUCCUAGGCAGGCCACCUUGUCAAGAGGUACUACUGUUCAAACUCUGGGACCUCCCUUCCUCAUCUGGGUCCUUCUAUGGCAGUAACACCUGCUCUGGACAUUCUUUACAGUCUAAGAUGAUGUUUCCAAGCUCUGCAAUGCAGACAUCUGGGCUCCCAUCAGAACAUGAGCACAUCCAACACUGCUCUUGAAGGAAAUGUUGACUGUCCCUGUAGUCCCCCUUGGCUGUAUCCAGGAGAAGAGAGAUGGUGACUCUCUAUUUGCACUAUGACUAGGUCAGAUUGCUCACCUUUGAAGAUAAAGUGCAAACCCUGCUCACCACAUAUCUAGACUCCAAGGUCAGCCACACCAAUGGAGAAGAUAGAAAUUCCAGUGCUCUGACUCUUACCCAUGAGUGUAAAUUGCAUUAUUUGUGUUUCCAUUGGCCAAAGCCCAACGGGAAGCUACAACAAUCAAGGAAGAUAGUCUCAGGGAUAUAUAACUCCUCUUCAAGUUCCGAAUUCUUGAUGGCACCAAUACCAACAUUCCUUCUCAGGUUAGCCACUUGCCUCUCACUCUCCACCCCAAAGCAAAGCAUUCCCUACAAUAUUAUAAUCUCAGUUUUUAUUUAUCCCCAGGAAUUAUUCCAGUACUUAAGCUACAGAAGAUCUUUGCAUUUUUAUAAAACUGAUGUGAGAAAUGACAUUAGAAAUUGUUGUAAAGUUCACUUAGAAGAGAAAAUAUGAGUUAAUUACCUUCUCCUAGCAGAUAAGGACAUUACAACGUAAUAUUUUCAAACUAUUACAGAGGUACAACAAUAUAAAAAGUAUGAUAUUCAUAAUAGAGCAGAAUAGCAAGUCCAGAAAUGAAAACAUAAAGAAAUUAUUCUAAACCAAUGAAUACAGGAUAGAUAUUCGCAACAGAUGAUAGUGAGACAACCAUUUGGAAACAACGAAGAAAGGUAGAUCCAGAUCUUACCCUUUAAACAAAAGUAAAUUGUUCUUUGAUCACUGAUUUAAAUGGAUAAUUUAAAGCCUUUAGACAGAUCACCUGGGAAUUUAGGGGAUUCCUUUAUAAGGCUGAGUGUGAGGAAAAUCUUUUCAAACAGGACACUAAAGCCAAAAAUGGAGGAAAAAAAACUUUUAAUGUAAAAAAUACACCUACAAAAGUUAGAAAAACUGAACGGGAAAAUAUGUCAGAUAAAGGAUUCCUACUAUUAUUAUAAAAAGAAUCCACAUUCAAAACAUGAUUACCCAAAUAGGGACAAAGCAAAGGAUAUUAACAAAUAAAUUGAAAAAAUAGAAAACAUAAAUGGCGAAUAAGCAAAUAAAAAUGUUUACACCCCACUAGUAUUCAAGAAAUGACUAUACUGUUUCACUUUUCACACAUGAAUCUGUGUCUGUGAGAGGAGAUACAUAUCUUUUUUAAAUUGUAUUUUAGAUGAAG